AUGGAUCUGAAAUCGGUACAAGAUUUGAAGGGCGUCCUGAGACCGGACUUCUUUCACGGUUAUGCCACAGCAGCAGCUCAAAUAGAAGGCGCUUGGAAUGAAGAUGGAAAAGGAGAGUCCAUCUGGGAUACAUUCGGACACACUCCGGGCAAGAUCGCCGAUGGCAGUACAGCCGACGACGCCGUCCGGGCAUACGACUUCUACCGAGAAGAUGUAGCCCUAAUGAAGAGCUACGGCGUCAACGCCUAUCGAUUCUCUCUGGCUUGGUCGCGAAUCAUCCCACUGGGAGGCCGCGACGACCCCGUCAACGAAAAGGGCAUUCAGUUCUACUCCGAUCUCAUCGAUGAGCUUCUUCGCAACGGGAUCACCCCGUUCCUCACUCUAUUCCAUUGGGAUAUUCCCCAGGCAUUGGAAGACCGAUACGGAGGCAUGCUGAACCAAGAUGCCUAUACACCAGACUUCGUCCGCUAUGCCCGCGUCUGCUUCGAGCGCUUCGGCGACCGGGUAAAGCAUUGGAUCACCUACAAUGAGCCCGGGGUGUACACUCUAGCUGGAUAUGCAGCGGGCGUGCAUGCGCCUGGAAGGUCAUCUUUCCGGGAGCGCAAUGCCGAAGGCGAUUCAUCCACCGAGCCCUUCACUGUCGCUCAUACCGAGCUUGUGUCGCACGCGCAUGUGUCACGUCUGUAUCGCGAUGAGUUCCAGGCUCGGCAGAAUGGCACCAUUGGAAUUACGCUGCAUGGAAACUGGUCGGAGGCGUGGGAUGAAGAAGAUCCGCGGGACCAGGAGGCUGCAGAACGAGCGCGCGAGUUUGAGAUCGCCUGGUUCGCGGAUCCUCUGUACAAGACUGGCGAUUAUCCUGCGUCGAUGCGUGCACAGCUGGGUGAUCGCUUGCCCAGAUUCACGGCUGAGGAGUCCAAACUUGUACUGGGGAGCUCGGAAUUCUACGGAAUGAAUAGUUACACCACCUUUUUCGUGGAGCAUACGACGACACCGCCGGAUAUUAAUGACCACAAAGGCAAUGUGAAGAUUCACGACGAGAACAAGCAAGGUGUGUCUCGUGGGGAGGAAAGUGAUACACCGUGGCUGCGGGCUGCACCAGGCGGAUUCAGAAAGCUGUUGAACUGGAUCUAUAAGCGAUACCAGAUGCCAAUUUAUGUCACUGAAAACGGGACCACAGCCAAGGGUGAAACAAGUCCCACGCCUGAGGUCCUUGAUGAUCAAUUCCGAAUCCGAUUCUUUGAGGGUUAUGUAGGUAAUGCACUCGCACGCGCCGUGAAAGAGGAUGGGGUCGAUGUUCGUUCAUACUUCGCUUGGACAUUCACGGAUAACUGGGAAUGGGCUGCUGGAUAUGCCGAUCGCUUCGGGUGUACAUUUAUCGACUUUGAUGCUGCGGAGAAAACGCGAUAUCCCAAACAGUCUGCGUAUUAUCUGGACAAACUCUUCAAGCACCUGAUAUCAGAUGCCUAG